CCGGAAGUUCGUUUACGUGACUAGAUGGCGACUGUGACGUCAAACCGGAGACGGUUGGAGUCCCCAUCUUCCUGUUUCCGGUGCCCUUGCUUCGACGUUGUAGACGAGGAGGUGAAGGGAGAAGAAGAAGCCGACAAGAUGCUGCGUAAUCUUUGGGCUCUUCGACAGAUUUCCCAAAAAACCAUAAGCACUGCCUCUCGCAGGCAGAUCACAAACAAGGUUCCAGAGUACCAGAAACUUUUCCAGGAAGAUAAUGGCAUUCCAGUCUAUCUGAAAGGUGGAGUAAUGGAUACACUGCUGUAUCGACUCACCAUGACCCUGUCUAUUUUUGGAACAGGCUACGUCCUUUACGAACUCUUCAUGGCUGCUAUGCCCAAGAAAAACAAAUGACUCCAUUUUACAGGAUGCAUCCUGGAGUAGCAUCUCUCCGUCCCAUUCCAUUACGCUCUUCAGGGACCUACUUUGUCCUUGUCAUAAAUGACUAUGUGUUUGGGAUCAAUAUUUAUUGAGUUGAAAUGUUAUGUAUUGCAGCCAAUAAAGUAGUCAUUCCUGUC